CAAAAACACUCGACAUCCCUUCCUCGAACAUCUAGAACCCGCGUGAUCUUAUCUUGCAAAGCGGCUUGUUUGGCAAAUCCCUGGCACCUGAGGCAUGACUCGCCGGAGAUAGUCAGUGUCAACGACGGCGGGCAAUAUCGAAUCAUCUCGACAUGUUUCAGACUUUCAGUGGCAGCUCUCGUCGUCCUCGGCAAGUCAACCUCUCAGGCCAAAAUCUGAACACUUUUGCGGCAAGCUCGUGGAGCCCUUCGGCAUCUGGCACCCAAAAGACAGUCGCGAAUGCUCAGCAGGAGAGGGAACAACGGAGACAAGAACGAGAACGACUCAACGCAUCGAAGCGAAUACAAAGAACAUGGCGAGGGCAUAGGAGCAGGAGGCAGUUGGCAGAUUCGCGGAGAGCACUAUGGGACGAAAUUGAAACGAACAGUUGCCAAUCGAGCACGGAAGUGGUGCUAGUUGAGCAAGCAAAGCUCUUCGUAGCAUUCUUUAGCCCAAGGCGACGGGAUGAUGUUGGUAGACUGGCCAAUUUGAGCUCGAGAAUAGCAGCUUUGGGGUAUCAAGAUUUUCUUGGCCUGAAAGAUGUGCAACCGUUGCUUGCCCGACUAGCAAACGUUACCUUGGAAGCUCUUCAAAUCUCUGUGCCAGAAUGCUCCACCGAGCUAAUACAACUACUCGUGGCGGUAAUCAAUCAACGUCCCGAAAGCUUCCCGCAAAUUUCCAGGGCGUAUUAUGCUCUUCUAUCAGAUCUCAUUUCCGGUACUCGACGAUCAAGUCUAGAUAUAGGGCAUAUAUUGACCGCGGUACGAGUCCCAUUGGCGGAGCACAUCGAAGUGGGCAAUAAUGAUGAAAUUAACUAUGAUGCGUACGCGGCUUUGGCCCUUAACUUCCUAACCACUCCCAAUUUAGCAGAACUGCUGGGUUCAUUAGAUGAAUUGGCAGCCGUCUUGAACUUGAGCACUUUAUCCUCGGCUCUUGUCCGUGAAUAUUCCUCGAGCUCUGUUAAUCAACUUCAAAGUGAAAGGAGAUUGUGGCUUCUAGCUCACUUCAUAUCGCUGCAUCGACUUCAGCGGCGAAGCGGUCAAGAGCCUGAAUAUCUUAGGGCAUUAUCCUUACAAUUGUCUGGUUCCUCCACUGAAAUCGUGGGCCGGAUUGACGCAGCAGAUCCAGAAACCUUACAAGAGGCUGCGGACAGCGGCGAUGCCGCCAAGACUGCACCGCGGUUACCUAUUUUUGUCAAGGACGAGCUCCUGUCUUUGGUCAAUCAGGAGAGCAUUUCCGGGCUAUUGGCCAAAUUCAAUAUUGAUUAUGCGAAAGCUUCUGUCUCAGGAGAGGAGGAUGCCAGCUUAUUAGCUAGCUAUGCCCUCACCCUCCUCAGAAUAUUCCCGCGCCGAGGCGACGAAAUUCGAAUGUGGCUGUACCGUGGAUCUAUGACUACUUCAAUGGGAGGCGAGAUUCCAGCUUUGAAAUUCUUCUGGCAAGCUAUGAGGUUGACAAACACGUUUUCUGUCAUCACGGCUGACUCUAAGGCCGCUCUUACUUUACUGCGACCUCAAACCCAACUCCCAACUGGCUCCGCAUCAUCAAGUGACUUUCAGAGAGACCGAGAAUGGCGGACCAUACUAUUGUUCCUCGAACUUUACACUUUCGUUCUCAGGUUUACGGACGAUGAGGAGUUCCUAAGCGCAAGCACUCCGAAUUUAGGGCAAACAGAUACACCCGUUUCUAGAAUUCGUGAAAGUGCUCUCCCACUUGAAGACGUUAAACGACUCACGAUCUUCUUAAAGAAUUUGGCAUUUACUACAUAUUAUAACGCCGGGGAAUUAUCUGAUGAUGGACAGCAAGCUCCUGAAACUGGACUCGGCACUUAUUUCGGAACAAGCACCCCAACUUCACGGUUUCAAGCUCCUGAAAAGAGCGCAGUAGCAAAACGAGCACCGAACCGCCCAUUUGCUGGCAUCGCUGGUAUGACUUUCGACUACGUGAGGACGAUUGUCACAGGAGUGAUGCGCAUGCUCUAUGAAAGAGAUUCUCGAAGACGAUUUCUUCCCAACGAUCACUGGCUGAUGACAUCGCGAUUUGAGAUGGAAGGUUUCAUUCCCGAUGUAGUUAUGGAAGAAGAGAGACAACACCAAGUCAGAGAGGAAGGCGAGGAAGAAGAUGCAGACGACACUGAUUUCUUGGAAAGGGCUGAUGGCAUGGCUAUGGUUGGAAUGGCCAGACCUCGUCGAGCUCUUCAGAUUGAAUCUAUGAGACGACAGCAACAAAAGCUUGCACGUCAAAAGGUUCUAGCUGCUGUAGGCCCGAGGCUUGAGGUGUUGCAGAACAUGCCAUUUGUCAUUCCCUUCGAAACCCGUGUCCAGAUCUUCCGAGAAUUUGUCUUUCUAGAUCAAACCCGCCGACGCGGUGGUAACGUUGAUCCUGACAUUUGGCGUAUGUCUAUCAUUCAACAAUCUCAGAUGUCAAGGCACAAUCGAAUGUCGGGGCAGGAACUCCUGGGUCGGCACCAUGCAAAAAUCCGGCGAGAUCAAGUCUUUGAGGAUGCUUACUCUCAAUUUUACGAGCUAGGAGAAGGGUUGAAGGAGCCAAUUCAGAUUACGUUUGUCGAUCAAUUUGAUACUGUCGAGGCUGGUAUUGAUGGCGGUGGCGUCACGAAGGAGUUCCUCACAAGCGUCACCAACGAAGCUUUCCGAGCGGAAGAUGGACCGAAUCUCUUUGUCACCAAUGACCAAAACCUUCUCUACCCAAGUCCUUCGGCUCCUGAUGAGCGUCACGAGUUGCUAAGACAAUUCCGGAUCAAGGAGGGCUCGGCUGAAUGGCGCGAGAAUAUUAAAGAACUCCUAAGGCGCUAUGAGUUCCUAGGCAGAGUUGUUGGGAAGUGCUUGUAUGAAGGCAUUCUCGUUGAUAUUGGCUUCGCGGGAUUCUUCCUUCGGAAAUGGGCUGCUUCUGGUGCUGCGGGCACAGAGUCUGGAUACCGAGCAAAUAUCAACGAUCUUCGAGAUCUUGAUGAGAGUCUCUAUCAGGGCCUUCUGAAGCUGAAGAACUAUCCUGGAAAUGUUGAGGACUUCUCUCUGGAUUUCACCAUCACCGACACUGUAUCUCUACCUGGAGCACCGACUCAGACCAUCACGAGAGAGCUUAUGCCAGGAGGAGCAGAUAUUCCGGUCACCAAUGAGAAUCGACCUCUGUACGUGGCUUAUGUCGCGCGACACCGAUUGACAAACCAGCCCAAGCACCAAACACAAGCAUUUCUGAAGGGCUUGGGGGAGAUCAUCAAUCCAAAAUGGCUCUCUAUGUUUAAUCAAUCGGAGCUUCAGACUCUCAUCGGUGGUGACGCUUCAGAAAUUGAUGUUGAAGAUUUGAGGCGGAAUACUCAGUAUGGUGGAGUGUACCAGAUCGGCGACGAUGGACUUGAACAUCCUACGGUGCGGCUGUUCUGGAGAGUUUUGAAGGAGCUCGAUGACGCCGAUCGCAGAAAGGUUUUGAAAUACGUUACUUCGACCCCGCGAGCACCGCUCCUUGGGUUCUCUCAACUCAAUCCGAGAUUCAGUAUCCGGGAUGCUGGCAGUGACGAGGAGCGGCUGCCGAGCACGAGCACUUGCGUGAAUUUGUUGAAGCUCCCUAGAUAUUCGACAGCCACUACUUUGCGCCAGAAGCUGCUGUAUGCUGUCAAUUCAGGGGCUGGGUUCGAUCUUAGUUAGGAUAAAUGGGGCAUUGGUGCAUAAAACAUGGGCGUCAUGGAGCUUUCUUGGGGAGCGUCUGCAUCUUUGAGCGUCAUGAAGCGAAUGAAAAUGUAUGGUUCUAACUAGAUGAACGGAAUAGAUCACAAAUGAUGUCAAAUAUAUUUCUAUUGCGC